UGUGAGUUUGCUAUCUUCCCGUCGGACUUUGGGUAAAACUAUCCAAACACAAUACUGCCCUUCUGUGCGAAGUCUUUUUCGGUCACUGUCGCUAGUUAAACACCCAAGAACCUUUCCCGAUAUUCCUUCCUUGGACAACAACCCUGGGCAUGUGUUCUUUUCGAGAUUCAGCGAUGAUGCAUCUCUGCAAGCGGGUCUUAUUAGGCGGCUUGAUAACUUUUCCAUGGAUGGGAACUAUAUUCGCAGAUGAAGGCCAUCAACAGCUGAGCUUUUUGCCGAACGCCCCUCAGACCGAGUCCUCGCCAUCUCCUGGAGCAGACCACCCCAACAUGAUUUUUGCUUCGUUUGCCGGUCUCCUUCAACAGUGGCCGAAUACGUAUGCGUAUAGUGGCCACUCGAUCAUUCCGGGGGUCAUUCGAACGGGCACGUUAUUAUAUCACGGAACGAAUCACCAUACCCCUCCACCCUCUGAGGGCAUGAAAUGGUUUGCCUUCGACCCGGAGUAUAGCUACGUAAUUCACAGUCGCAGGCUUGGCCAACUCGACUUGUACACAUACGCAGUCACCCGUCCUCUUCGCAUAAUUUAUCUCGAUGGCCAGAGUGCUUCAUUGGGCACACCUGGAUUCAUGGACAGUCAAAGUGUUCUGAUUAACGGCACCAUUUGGGGAGAACUUGGCGACGAGGGCAAUUACAUGGACGAGGAGUAUGACCGCGCCCGUGAGCUUUGUAAGAUCGGAAUGGACUGGGGCUUCGAAGGAGUGGUGCGGAUGAACACUUGUUUUGAGCUUUUGUGGUGUGAUUUAACUCAGGGAGUCGAGCUUCUUGGGGGCACAAACACCACCGAUCCUUUUGAUACUUAUUAUGAACCGGGCGACUUCCAUGAGUCCAAAAAAGUCAUUGAAACUCACAGCCCGGAUACCCGAACAAAUUCAAGCGCACCAUUUGUCCAGAAUCCAUCAGAUGUUAUCAAUCCUCUCUGUCCUAAUGGAGUCCAAAAAGAUUUUGAGCAGAAAAUCGAGGUUUGUGGAGCUAGCGCCUCGACAAUCCAACUGAAGAACAAUAGCGGCUCCAUAAAAAGUGAUGGUCCCAACGAAGCCUUGCUACAAAUAGUCAGAAGAACUCGCGUCAUUAACUCGCCAUUUUACCUCAGAGCUCCCCAGUACUAUCUUCGAGCAGCCAGCCGGAAAUUCGGUUUUCCAGGUGAGGUAAGAGUGAGCCUGGAUCCCAGUGGCUUCGUGAGCUUCUACGACCGAAUAGAAAGCUUGAGCCAGAAGCGGCAAGCUGAUGGGACCGACGUUGGCCCACGCCACGCUCACACAUUGAAAGGGAUCAGUUCGAGCGAUGUGAAGAAAAUUAAAGAUCGCCUGCUUAAUGUGCUCGCCCGUAAGAUUAAGAAUGCGGAAGGCUGGCGGACAGAAUCGGAUCGACUCGAUUGGAGGACAGCAGUCGAGACAGUCGUUCAAACAUACAGUCGACCACUAAUCGAACUUGACUACCUCCUCAAGAGGGAUGACAUGAGCGCCAUCGACCGCGCGGCCGAAGUGCGCGGCUUGACCUACGGCAUGAUCUUACCGUACCUCGAUUUCUCCACUUGGAAUAUCGAUGAUCCAGCUUGGAUCGAUGGAAGUCUCGAGAAGUGUGCUAGAGGUUUUACUGCCGGAACUUACCGUGCCUCAGAUCUCACUGAAUCUAUAGAAGUCAUCAUAGGUGCCAUCGAGGGUACUUUGUCUCGAUUGUGCAGCACGAUUUUGAGUAUCUUUUCCCAAACCAUCCAAUUGGCAAUCCCCAUUGAUUCUCUCAUCAGUCCCGAUUCAAGAUUGGAGAGCGAAGCCAACUCACGCACUUUGGAGUGGCGAAAACAAACCGAUGAAUUGAUGAUGUGGCUGGGCUGGUCAACUUGGGGACAGUGUAAUCCACCCUGCAAACCUGAUGCUCUCCACUCCCUGCGCGCUGCUGCCGACAACUCAGGACCCAAAUUGGAAAUUAGGUGCUCUAAUAAUAAGGUUCAGUGGGAUGCUCUCCAACAACGCCAAGCCGUGAAGCGGUGUACGCUCUUGAAUUCCCCCUCCAGUUUGGGCUCAAAAAUCCCCCCUGUCCACAGUUUGACCUUAGCCAGUAAAACUUACACCUGUUCGCAGUUUGGACUUGGCCAGUACCGUAUUCUAGUCUCUAUUGCAAGCAUGAAAGACAAGUUUCGAUUUGUUCUCUUACUAUGGCUUGAAGUACAAUUCCGGUUAGUAAGCCUAGGGCCGCCGCCAAAGAAAUCGUCAGUGAUAUAUCCGGAGGCAUGGAUUGAUACUAGGUCACUCGAUGGAUUUUAUACAGCACCACUUGACCCAGGUUUGAGUCUGACCAACUAUGAUGCGGGGCGCUUGGAAUCAACAAGACCACAACCAAUAGAAAUCGACUUCCUUACUUCCUGGGGAAAAAGGGUGCCCGAGGAAAUGCCCGAGGGAAGUGGAUCAAAAAAGAGGCCUCUCUCCGAAGAUAGCGAUCAACUUCCAGAAAUUGAAGAGCAAUCCCAUCAUGAUCCCAAUCGAGACAAGCGACUGAAAGUUGACCCAACACAAAGUACGACAAAUUUGGAUCUAUUCCAGCGAUAUCAUCGAGAGCUUUUGAACCUUCUGAAUCGCGUACCUCCGCCGCUCGGUUUACGUUUUAGAAGUGAAAAAUAUUCGGCGAUGCCUGGGGAAUCCAUCGCGAAAAAUGAUCUACUUCCAUCUCUUCACGUAGAAGAUCCAAACACACAUUUGAUCCGAAAACCUCAUCAAGAGCCCUUCGAUAUUCUGAGCACAUUUGGUCCGAGCCAGCUGAGAUUCUUACACUCCUGGUUAUCAUUAACUACAGAUCGUGUACCACCAUCUGUUAGUUUACCGUCACGCUUGAGAAUCCAAAAGUUUCGAAAUACCGUGAGAGGAUCUGGAUCCGAAAAAGAUUCACAUUCAACUCUUCAUGAAGAAAGGCAGAAUAUAGUACCACCAUCAGGUAGCACUGCCAACUCCUUAACUGGAGAUCGAAGGUGA